AUGAAUAACACCACCACCAACAACACCGAUAAUAAUGGUCCUCCAACUACAAAGGGUCCAACGUUCAUAGACUUGGGAGGGAUGGAGGAAAUAUUGAUGGAGAUAGAGAACACAAUCAUUGUGCCGCUUGUUAAGCAUCAGAAGCUGCUUCAAAAAGGCACCAAGUUUAUCAAGAAUGGUAUUCUUUUGCAUGGCCCUUCUAGCUGUGGCAAAACCACUUUGGCCAAUGCCAUUGCCAAUGAGUUAGGCCUACCAUUCUAUAGCAUCAGUGGAAGUGAAAUCGGGGAUAAAUUCUAUGGUGAAUCUGAAAGUAGAAUACGAGAGUUUUUCUCAAAAGCAUACAGUACAGCCCCUUCAAUUGUAUUUAUUGAUGAGAUUGAUGCAAUUGGUACACAAAGACGACAAAAUGUAUCCGAGAAUAACUCGAUUGUGAUACAGUUAAUGAGUUGCAUGGAUGAAUGUCACAGGAGAUCACAAAUGGCUGGUGAAGAAGCAGGCUACAUUCUUGUGAUUGGUGCUACCAAUAGGCCUGAGGUUCUUGAUCCUGCACUGAGGAGGGCCGGGAGAUUCGAAACCGAGAUUCUUUUAGGUGUGCCGGAUGAAAAUGCUAGGGCUGAUAUUCUUUCCCGUAAGCUACCAUCUUUUGUCUCAUUUGAUGUUAAAAGGAUAGCAAGGUCUACUCCUGGAUUUGUACCUGCUGAUUUGGAUGCCUUGAUCACUCAGACUAAUUCCAUUGCCUUGGAGAGAACUGUAAACAUGAGAAAACCUAAUCAAGAUGGGAGGUCGCAUAGGUGGUGGAUGGAACGGUGGUUGGAUGAAGCAAUUGACAACCUUACUAUUACCAUGGAUGAUAUUGAGAAAGCAUUGAAAAAGGUUGAACCUUCUCUUUUAAGAGAAGGCUUCUCAACUAUCCCUAAUGUAAAAUGGGAAGAUGUUGGUGGAUUGAAUGAUAUAAAGGUUGAUCGAUUUAUUGUUAACUCAAUUAGAUAUCCUCAGAUAAAUAAGAUAUUUGGAGGAGACAUAGAAACAGGGUUUUUACUAUUUGGACCUCCGGGAUGUGGUAAAACAUUAAUAGCCAAAGCUGUUGCUAAUGAAGCUGGAGCCAAUUUCAUUUAUGUCAAGGGUCCUGAACUCUUCAAUACGUGGCUUGGAGAAAGUGACGGGCACCGGACCUUAUUUAAUCGUGCAAGAACAUGUUCACCGUGUAUAAUUUUCUUUGAUGAGAUAGAUAGCUUAGCAGCAAAGAGGAACAACAACACAGGGGAACGGUCAUCUCAUCGAAUGGUGACACAGUUACUUACAGAGUUAGAUGGCAGAGAUCAAAGGCAUGGUGUAUUUGUAAUUGGUGCUACAAAUAAAAUUGAUCAGAUAGACGAGGCUCUUUUGCGGUCAGGCAGGUUGUGUAAACGUAUUUUUGUGCCUCUACCAACCCCUGAUGAUCGUGGAGUGAUCUUAAAUGCUCUUGCAAAGGGGAGGCCUAUUGAUCAAAGUGUGAAUUUGAAUGAGACUGGACGAAUGGAAGCUUGUAAAAAUUUUAGUGGGGCUGAUCUAAAAUGUUUGAUGAGAGAAGCUAUUAUGGCUGCUUGGGACGAAGCAAUAGCCAAAAGCAGCAGUUCAGAAGCAUCUCUAAUUCACUGGACUGUAAAAGUGAAACACUUUGAGCAAGUUGUCACUAAGAUUUCUCCAUCAGUCUCAAAAAAGCACAGUGACUGUGAAUCUGGGUCAUGGAGUUUGAAUGGUUAUAACCAGGAUGGCCUUGGGUUGGGUGGUUGUCCAGUGAGUCUGGUUGGUGCUGGGUUGGUUAUAAUAGAGCUGGGCUUGGGUUUGGCUGGACCAAUGGGUCUGGUUGGUGCUGGCAUGGUUAUGGCACUGCUGGGUUGGGUUUGGAGUUGGAUCGGUCCAGUUGCUGGCAUGGUAGUGCCACUGAACCACUCGCUUUGUUCAGAGUAG